UUGAAAAACUUCAAAACACAAAUCACAAAAACAACCUCAGCAUCAAUAUUUGUUUUCAUAUAAUACAUUAUUGCAAUGCAAGUUAUAUUAAGAUUGUAGUUAACAAGAGAGUAUAACAAUAGAUUUGUGUUGUUAUAAACAUGGUGUGUAGAUCCGUGUACUAGUGAAUGAGUGCAGUGUUCGCGAGUGCGUGGUGCAAUAUCGGUGCAUUUUCCUGUCCCAGUGUGAUGCUGGUGUGGCUGGCGCUGCUGCUGGGGGCCGCGGGGGACGAGGCGCGGGGGCCGCACUGCACCAGCCCGCUCUGCCACCUGCAAGGAGUAUCACUCAACGAGUAUGUCUUCAACAUUGAUGGCAGCAACGAGAGUGUGUCGGUGGAGUGGGUGCCGGGCGAGUACCUGGCGGUGCGGUGCGCGCGCGACGUGGCGGGGGGCGCGGCCGCCAUGCCCGCGCUGCCGCCCGCCGCCGCCGCGCCGCGCGCCGCCCUGGCCGCCUGCGCCGCGCCCGCGCCCGCGCUGCGCCGCCUGCGCCUGCCGCCGCCGCCGCGCCUGGCGCUGCUGGCGCUGCCCGCCGCCCCGCUCGACGCAGACUACUUCGCGGGGCUGGAGGCGGUGGGCGAGCUGCGCCUGUCGGCCGCGCCGCCCGCCGCGCCGCCGCUGCUGCCCGGCGCGCUGGACCCGCUGCCCGCGCUGCACACGCUGCGUACGGACGGAGUGCAGGUGCAGCUGGACGCGCUGCCGGCGGCGCUGCGCGUGCUGUCGGUGCGCGGCGGGGGCGGGGGCGGGGUGCGCGCGGGGUGGGGCGCGGCGCGGGCGGCGCUGCGGCGGCUGGUGCUGGCGCCGGCGGGGGACGCGGCCGGGCUGGGCGGCGCGCCCGCGCUGCAGGUGCUGGAGCUGGAGGCGGUGACCGCGCUGUGGGUGGGUGCGCUGCCGGCGCUAGAGAACGUGACGCUGCGGGGGCUGGCGGGGGUGCGGGGGGGCGAGCUGGCGGGCAGCGCGCGGCUGCGGGCGCUGCGCGUGGAGGGCGGCGCGGCGGGCUCGCUGCCGGCGCGCUGGCUGGCCGCGCUGCCCGCGCUGCGCUCCGUGCUGCUGCGCCGGCUGCCGCUGCGCGCGCUGCCCGCAGACCUGCUGGCGGACAGCCCCGCGCUGCAGGUGCUGGAGGUGUCGCGCUGCUCGCUGGAGACCCUCCCCCCCGCGCUGCUGCGGGGGCAGGCGCGCCUCGCCGAGCUGCUGCUCGACCACAACAAUAUUACCUACCUCGACCCGGAGGUGUUCUCGGGCACGUCGUCUCUCGUCUCUCUCUCGCUCACACACAACGCGCUGUCUUCCCUCUCGUUCCUGGCGCGGCUGCCGGCGCUGCGGCGGCUGCGCGCGGACGACAACCCGCUGGGCGACACGUGUAGCGACCCGCUCUCCUCGCUGUCCCCGCUGCGGCACUGCCCGGCGCUGCGCGAGGCGGGGCUGGCGCGCUCGGGCGCCGCGCGGCUGUGCGCGGACUGGCGCCUGCUGCUCACGCGGCUGGCUGUGCUAGACCUCCGCGGGAACCACUACACCGACCUGCAGGGCCCGGACCUGCACUGGGUGCGCGCGGGGGACGCGGCGGGGGGCGCGGGGGACGCGGCGGGGGGCGCGGUGGUGCUGCUGGGGGACAACCCGCUGACCACGCUGCUGCUGCGCGAGGAGGACUACCACCAGCUGCUCAACAGGAACCACACGCAGGCGAGCGUGACCCUGGACCUGUCGGGCUGCCCGCUGCGCUGCGACUGCCUGUGGUACUGGUGGGUGCGGGGGCGGCGCGCGGGGGGCGGGGCGGCGGCGCGGGGGCGCUGCGCGGGGGGCGGGGGUGGGGGCGGGGACCUCGACCAGCUCGACCCCGACCUGCUCGAGUGCAAGGACAAGGAGUGUCCCUCAACAUGCGACUGCUCAGUCCGCGCGGCGCUGCCCACAGUGACCCGCGCCAGCUGCGCCCGGCCGCCGCCCCCGGGCGCGUGGGGCGGGCGGCGCGUGCGACUCACUAUGGAGGCGCGGGGGCUCACGGCCGUGCCCCGGGUGGAUAAUGUUACUGCGCUGCUGCUCAGUGGGAACCGUAUUGAGGAAGUUAGGGAGGAAGACUUGCCGGACGGUUUGGAGGAGCUAGACCUGAGCAACAACUCCCUCCCCUGGCUCCCCCCGCGCGCGCUGCGCCCCCCGCGCCUGCGCCUGGCGCGCAACCCGUGGCGCUGCGCCUGCCCCGACCAGCCGCUGUUGGAUGCGGCACGGGAGAAACAGCAACAUGUAUGUACACAUAUUAUCGUGGACUACACGUCUAUCCGGUGCGCGGACGGGCGCGCGUGGGCGGCGCUGGGGGCGGGCGCGCUGUGCGUUGCCGCCCCCGCCCCCGCGCCCCCCGCCCCCGCCGCCGCGUGGCUCGCGCUGCCCGCCGCGCUGCUGCUGGCUGCUGCCGCUGCCGCCGUCGCAUAUUACUAUAGAUAUCACGUCAAGCUAUUCCUCUCCUCUCACGGCUGGCCCCUACCCUCUCCACACGCCACACACGCGCCACACGCGCGCUACGACGUGUUCGUGUCGUUCUCGCACGCGGACGAGGCGUGGGUACAACGCGAGCUGCUGCCGCGCCUGCAGGCCGCCCGCACAGUGUGCGUGCACUACAACGACUGGGUGGCGGGCGAAGGCAUCCCGCAACAGAUCGCCUCCUCAGUGGCCUCGUCGCACCGCACCCUGUGCGUCCUCUCCGCCGCCGCGGUACACGCGCCGUGGCCCCGGGAGGAGCGCCGCGCCGCGCUGGCGCACAGCUCGGCCGUGCUGCUGCUGCUGGAGCCAGUCGACAACCUCGCCAGCGGGGAACCAGAACUGAAGGCGCACCUCGCCACCAGGACGUACCUGACGAAGGACGACCCGCGCCUGUGGGAGAAGCUGCUGGUGGCGCUGCCCCCCGCGCCCCGCGCCCCCGCCCCCCCCGCCGCCUGCGGGAAGGGGAAGGGACGGGACAAGAUGGAGAAGGAGGCUGGUAAGGUAGAGCCGUGAUUAAACUUUGACAGCGGGUCCAAACGAGGCAUUGGUCUGCGCGUUUGGACCUACCGUAAGGGCGACGGCCCAUUGGUGCGUUGCGUCAUCGCUGCCAUAGUAAAUAUUGUUUAUGAUAGUUCCCUGGAGACCACGCAACGCACCGCAACGGAGCGUCUUAACCCGGGAAUGCAAGCGCGUAUGUUUGGACGCACCUCAAGACGACGGGUUUGAUUAUGUUAACUGUCGAUGAGAUUUUAGGGGGUAGUUUCUAAGAGACUUCACAGACAAAGUCACUGAAGUAUAAAAUUGUACCUAGUUUAAUACUUGUAGUUAUUAUUACCAUUUGGUGCUAAAUGAUCUGAAGAAAAGGACAUCAACUCGAAUAUUUUUUAAAUAUUAUUUUGAAGUUCUGAUUUAAAAUAUCAUAAAUACCGAAGCAAGAUCUGUUCUUGUUAUUGUGCAAUAACUCAGUGAGGAAUUUAACAGUCGUGCCAGUUUUGGGCGCUAUUUUUGCCAAGAUUGUACUGAAGUACUGGAAUUGUUUUGAUACUCUGUGUGUAAUGUCGGGGUUUCCCGCCGGAGUGGUUCACGGACCUCGUUGCUCAACGCAUGCCAAAUAACUCGACCACUAGUCGGAGCCAUAGCCACGUGCACGAUAUACAUUUAUAUACAUAUUACAAAUUUUAUAUUUUUAGGAUUUUUUAUUGUUAUAAUUAUACAUGUUUUAUUUUAUGUACAAACAUUUAUAUACUAUUAUAGAUCUGCCGUUGCGUGAUUACAUGAAAUGUAUCUUACGAAGUCGGUAGUUUAUAGUAGAGAAAAAAAAAACUUUAUACGAAUUUAUUUUAAUCUAAGUCAAUCAUUGAGGGUAUUUAGAAUUUGAUAAACUAUGUCGAGCAAUGCAUGACACUGCAACUCAUUGUGACUCAUAGU